GAGCUCGAUGUUUUUUUCCUCCUCCUUUUCUUGGACCAGUGGAAAGGAACUUGAUUGAGUUCACGUUCUUGAGUGUGGAGGAGUGAAGAUUAGCUGGUUUUGAUUGAGCCCAAAAGGGCAUGGGCUGCGUCCGACCGAGUGUCGAACAUCUUUAGCCCCGCUUGAGAGCUUUCUCAUCAUCAUCAUCCUCUGUUUCUUGCUUUGCUCUGCCGCACCCUCUGAUCUGAAUCAGGUAUAGAAGGAAAUCCAAUUCAGAUUUUGAGAUGGUGGUUUCAGAGUCCGAGAUUGCUCCCCCGGAAGAGGUGGAGUCCCAAUUACAAACCGAUCAACAGCCCAAGAGCCACCCAUUCUCAUCCCUCGGGAGGCAAUCCUCAAUUUACUCGUUGACCCUCGACGAGUUCCAGCACGCGCUCUGUGAGAGUGGAAAGAAUUUCGGCUCCAUGAACAUGGAUGAAUUCCUCACCAGCAUCUGGAAUGCUGAAGAAAACCAAGCCAUAAACACCUCCGGCAACAAUAACACCACAAACAACAGCUUUGAGAGCGCGGAUCAACAUGUGUCCCUGGGCGACACAUCCACCGGCCAAGGCAUAGCCAAGCAGCCCAGCCUACCCCACCAAGGCUCACUCACUUUACCCGCUCCGCUGAGCCAGAAGACAGUGGACGAGGUGUGGUCCGAGAUCCACAAGGGUCAGCAGAGCCAGCAGCAAAGCAAUAAUGUGCAGAAUCCUGAGGACACCCCUCGCCAGCCGACUUUCGGGGAGAUGACGUUGGAGGAUUUCCUGAUAAAGGCAGGGGUCGUCAGGGAACAGCACAUGCCGCAUCUGCCGCCGACUCAGCAGCAGCAGUACGGGAUGUACCAGAACAACCUGUCGAUUGGGAUUGGGUCCGGUUUCGUCCCCAGGCCCAUUAUAGGAAUGGGUGGAGUGGCUGCUAAUGCAGCGCCAUACCAGCCGAUGGCUGCUGCAAUCAGAGAGCCAUUGGUGUAUCCGGAAAAUGGGAAGAGGAACGAUGGAUAUGCUCUGGCACCAAUGCCGGUAAGUUAUGGUCAGAGCGUGGGGAACGGAAGUGGUGGCGGUGCAUACGGGCCAGGUCAAACAAUGGGGAUGGGAGCGCCGGUGAGUCCAGUGUCUUCGGAUGGGUUGUGUGGCACACCGGUUGAGAAUUCUGGAGGGCAAUUUGGAAUGGAGAUGGGGGGAGCAAGAGGAGGAAGGAAGAGGAUAAUUGACGGUCCAGUGGAUAAAGUGGUGGAGAGGAGACAGAGGAGGAUGAUAAAGAAUAGAGAAUCAGCUGCUAGAUCUAGAGCCAGAAAACAGGCUUAUACAGUUGAACUAGAGGCCGAGUUAAACCAGUUGAAAGAAGAAAACGCACAUCUCAAACAGGCACUGGCGGAGCUUGAGAGGAAAAGGAAGCAGCAGUAUCUCGAAGAGCAGAGGUUGAAAGCUCAAAGUCAAACAAGGGCAUACAGAGCGAAGGAGAAACUGAGAACGCUCAGGAGGACCAUGAGUUCACCAUUGUAAAGUGAAUUGGACAGCUCUGGAAGAGUUGAUGAGGAUCGCAACCGGGAUAGUCAGCUGAUGCCCUAGAGGAUAAGUAGGAAACUCAAAGUUCACCCAUGGUCUGUGGAGAUGCUCGGCCGUAAGUCAACCUAAGGAUGUAUCAGUCGAAGAUGUCGAUGAAAUGUUUUUCUUAUUUUGCUCUUCCCUUUUUUCCUUCUUUUGACCAUAGUUAGUGAACUGAGAGUAUGCAUGCUUUUCUAAUUGAUGUUGCUGUAGCAGUAGUAGUCAGUAAAAUAGGAUGCAGCUAAAAAGGUUCUGGAUUUGAAAGUGCAAUUUCGAAACGCUGACCAAGGAGGAAAUGAGGAUUUUGCACCUUGGGUCGUUAGUAGUCAUAUCGAGCCGAUUCUUUGUUUCAUUCAAUUC